AUGAGUGACAAUGACCUGAAAACUCACCCGUUGGUCAUUUCGGUUGGUGAUAACGGAGAGCCCUCACUGUCCGCGACUGUGUCUGUUGAUGUUGUGGUUGUUGAAAGCACAGGUGACGUCAAGACUCAGUUCAGACAUGUGCCGAUAAAGGAGGAGAGUUUCUCGGAUUUAAAUCUGUAUUUGCUGAUCGCCAUUGUGUGUGUGUCCGUCAUCUUUUUACUGAGUCUCAUCAGUUUGAUAGCUGUCAAAUGUCACAGGACAGACGGCAAUUUGGGCAGGUACAGCGCCCCAAUGAUCACCACACACCCUGACGGGAGCUGGUCUUACUCCAAAUCUACUCAGCAGUAUGACGUGUGUUUUAGCUCGGACACACUGAAGAGUGACGUAGUGGUUUUCCCUGCGUCAUGUCCGCCUGCGGAUGCAGAACUGAUCAGUAUUAAUGGAGGAGACACUUUUACCAGAACACAAACACUUCCUAGUAAAGACAAGUGUUGUUGGGACGUCGUGUCAGGGCAGCUCUCCUAUUCUGUAUCAGAGGAGGUAAAUCCGGGAACGACAGUGGGAAAUAUCGCAAAGGAUCUAACCUUAAAUGUUCAGGAACUGGAGUCGCGCAUGUUUCAGAUUGUCACGGGAUCCAAGAAGAAAUAUUUCGAGGUAAAUCUAAAAACUGGAUUUCUGUAUGUGAAUGAGAGAAUAGACAGAGAGGAGCUUUGUGCCAAAGCGCCAAAAUGUUCCCUGAGUGUAGAAGCUGUUAUCAACAAUCCUUUAAAGCUUUAUCAAGUAGAGAUUCAUAUUGUGGAUGUUAAUGAUAAUGCGCCAUCGUUUAGUACUAAAACGCAAUAUAUAGAUAUCGCGGAAAACACUUCACCGGGGGUAAAAUUUCCUCUUUCAUAUGCUUCUGACGCGGACGUGGGCAAAAAUGAGGUGAGCACAUAUAAAUUAAGCCAAAACGAGUAUUUUUCUUUAGCUGUUCACAAAGGUGGAGAGCAGAGUCUAUCUGCCGAGUUAGUGCUGCAGAAAGCUCUAGACCGAGAAAAACAGCCUGUCAUACAGCUCACCCUCACAGCUGCAGAUGGAGGAAAUCCACCGAGAUCAAGCACGUCUCAGAUAAUUGUUAGAGUUUUAGAUAUAAACGAUAACGCUCCAGAAUUCAGUCGCCUCUUGUAUAAAAGCAGUCUUGUUGAAAACGUGUUGGUUGGUACAACUGUAAUACGUUUAAAUGCAACAGACAAAGAUGAAGGGGCAAAUAGUGAGAUCGUAUACUCUCUUAGAGAAACCGAUCAAGAUCACAUUUUAGACAUUUUUCAGAUCGAUCCGAGCACGGGUGCAAUCACAGUUAAAGCCAAUAUAGAUUUCGAAAUAAACAAUGCAUUUGAGAUCCGCGCACAGGCCAGUGACAAAGGACAGCCUCCGAUGUCGACCUACUGCAAAGUGCUUGUUGAGGUGCUUGAUAUUAACGACAAUGAGCCCGAGAUCACCGUGACGUCACUUCUCAAGACAGUGAAAGAAAACGCCGACAUUGGCACUGCUGUCGCUCUCGUGUCAGUGAUUGACAAAGACGGCGGCAAAAACGGCAUGGUAAAUUGCAUUGUGGCCAACAAAGUGCCCUUUAAGCUCGAGACGAAUUACAAGAAUUAUUAUUCUUUAGUUGUUAAUGGUCCUCUGGACAGAGAGAGCGCGUCUGAGUAUCACGUGACUAUCACAGCUACUGAUGAAGGGACUCCUCCUCUCUCUAGUACCAGUGUCAUUACUGUACACGUUUCUGAUGUGAAUGACAACGCGCCGCGCUUUCCAGAGCCCGUCAUUAAUGUUUAUGUGAAAGAGAACAGUCAGGUUGGAGCUGUUAUUCAUACAGUAUCUGCUUCUGAUCCUGAUGUAGCUGAUAAUGCCCGAAUAACAUAUUCAUUAGUGGAAAACACUAAAAGCGGCCCGGUAACAUCCAUGAUCAACAUCAACUCUGACAAUGGAGAUCUACACAGUUUACAGUCUUUUAACUAUGAGGAGAUCAAAACGUUUCAGUUUAAAGUUCAGGCCACAGACUCUGGUGUUCCUCCUCUGAGCAGUAACGUGACUGUAAAUGUGUUUAUCCUGGAUGAGAAUGACAACAGUCCCGCGAUUCUCGCGCCCUAUUCCGAGCUCGGUUCCGUGAACACCGAGAACAUUCCCUAUUCUGCUGAGGCGGGCUACUUUGUGGCCAAGAUCAGGGCUGUAGAUGCAGACUCUGGUUACAAUGCGCUGCUGUCUUACCACAUCUCUGAACCCAAAGGAAACAAUCUGUUCCGAAUCGGAACCAGCAGCGGGGAGAUCAGGACUAAGAGGAGAAUGAGUGACAAUGACCUGAAAACUCACCCGUUGGUCAUUUCGGUUGGGGAUAACGGAGAGCCCUCACUGUCCGCGACUGUGUCUGUUGAUGUUGUGGUUGUUGAAAGCACAGGUGACGUCAAGACUCAGUUCAGACAUGUGCCGAUAAAGGAGGAGAGUUUCUCGGAUUUAAAUCUGUAUUUGCUGAUCGCCAUUGUGUGUGUGUCCGUCAUCUUUUUACUGAGUCUCAUCAGUUUGAUAGCUGUCAAAUGUCACAGGACAGACGGCAGUUUGGGCAGGUACAGCGCCCCAAUGAUCACCACACACCCUGACGGGAGCUGGUCUUACUCCAAAUCUACUCAGCAGUAUGACGUGUGUUUUAGCUCGGACACACUGAAGAGUGACGUAGUGGUUUUCCCUGCGUCAUGUCCGCCUGCGGAUGCAGAACUGAUCAGUAUUAAUGGAGGAGACACUUUCACCAGAACACAAACACUUCCUAGUAAAGACAAGUGUUGUUGGGACGUCGUGUCAGGGCAGCUCUCCUAUUCUGUAUCAGAGGAGGUAAAUCCGGGAACGACAGUGGGAAAUAUCGCAAAGGAUCUAACCUUAAAUGUUCAGGAACUGGAGUCGCGCAUGUUUCAGAUUGUCACGGGAUCCAAGAAGAAAUAUUUCGAGGUAAAUCUAAAAACUGGAUUUCUGUAUGUGAAUGAGAGAAUAGACAGAGAGGAGCUUUGUGCCAAAGCGCCAAAAUGUUCCCUGAGUGUAGAAGCUGUUAUCAACAAUCCUUUAAAGCUUUAUCAAGUAGAGAUUCAUAUUGUGGAUGUUAAUGAUAAUGCGCCAUCUUUCAGCGAGAAAUCACAAACUCUAGAUAUUGCGGAGACCACCCUGCCUGGGACUCGAUUUCCUCUGCAUCACGCUACAGACGCAGAUGUUGGGAAAAAUUCGAUACAUGCUUAUAAACUUAGCACGAAUGAAUAUUUUUCUUUAGCUGUUCACAAAGGAGGAGAACAGACAGUAUCAGCCGAGUUAGUGCUGCAGAAACCUCUAGACCGAGAAAAACAGCCUGUAAUCCAGCUCACACUGACCGCUAUAGAUGGAGGAACCCCCUCUAAAACAGGCACAUCUCUUAUAAUUAUUAAAGUUUUAGAUAUUAAUGAUAAUUCUCCCGUUUUUAGUAAGUCAUUGUAUAAAACAACAAUUUUAGAAAAUGUGUCUGUUGGAACGACGAUUGCUGUGUUAAAUGCGACCGACUUUGAUGAAGGCAGUAAUGGCGAAAUUGUUUAUUCUAUGAUUAAAAGAGAUCAGAGUAAAAUCUUGCAGGUUUUUGAUAUUGAUCCGAAUACAGGGGCCAUCACGGUCAAAAGUAAUAUAGAUUUCGAGGAGAACAAUGCAUUUGAGAUCCGCGCACAGGCCAGUGACAAAGGACAGCCUCCGAUGUCGACGCAAUGCAAAGUGCUUGUUGAGGUGCUUGAUAUUAAUGACAAUGAGCCCGAGAUCACCGUGACGUCACUUCUCAGGACAGUGAAAGAAAACGCCGACAUUGGCACUGCUGUCGCUCUCGUGUCAGUGAUUGACAAAGACGGCGGCAAAAACGGCAUGGUAAAUUGCAUUGUGGCCAACAAAGUGCCCUUUAAGCUCGAGACGAAUUACAAGAAUUAUUAUUCUUUAGUUGUUAAUGGUCCUCUGGACAGAGAGAGCGCGUCUGAGUAUCACGUGACUAUCACAGCUACUGAUGAAGGGACUCCUCCUCUCUCUAGUACCAGUGUCAUUACUGUACACGUUUCUGAUGUGAAUGACAACGCGCCGCGCUUUCCAGAGCCCGUCAUUAAUGUUUAUGUGAAAGAGAACAGUCAGGUUGGAGCUGUUAUUCAUACAGUAUCUGCUUCUGAUCCUGAUGUAGCUGAUAAUGCCCGAAUAACAUAUUCAUUAGUGGAAAACACUAAAAGCGGCCCGGUAACAUCCAUGAUCAACAUCAACUCUGACAAUGGAGAUCUACACAGUUUACAGUCUUUUAACUAUGAGGAGAUCAAAACGUUUCAGUUUAAAGUUCAGGCCACAGACUCUGGUGUUCCUCCUCUGAGCAGUAACGUGACUGUAAAUGUGUUUAUCCUGGAUGAGAAUGACAACAGUCCCGCGAUUCUCGCGCCCUAUUCCGAGCUCGGUUCCGUGAACACCGAGAACAUUCCCUAUUCUGCUGAGGCGGGCUACUUUGUGGCCAAGAUCAGGGCUGUAGAUGCAGACUCUGGUUACAAUGCGCUGCUGUCUUACCACAUCUCUGAACCCAAAGGAAACAAUCUGUUCCGAAUCGGAACCAGCAGCGGGGAGAUCAGGACUAAGAGGAGAAUGAGUGACAAUGACCUGAAAACUCACCCGUUGGUCAUUUCGGUUGGGGAUAACGGAGAGCCCUCACUGUCCGCGACUGUGUCUGUUGAUGUUGUGGUUGUUGAAAGCACAGGUGACGUCAAGACUCAGUUCAGACAUGUGCCGAUAAAGGAGGAGAGUUUCUCGGAUUUAAAUCUGUAUUUGCUGAUCGCCAUUGUGUGUGUGUCCGUCAUCUUUUUACUGAGUCUCAUCAGUUUGAUAGCUGUCAAAUGUCACAGGACAGACGGCAGUUUGGGCAGGUACAGCGCCCCAAUGAUCACCACACACCCUGACGGGAGCUGGUCUUACUCCAAAUCUACUCAGCAGUAUGACGUGUGUUUUAGCUCGGACACACUGAAGAGUGACGUAGUGGUUUUCCCUGCGUCAUUUCCGCCUGCUGAUGCAGAACUGAUCAGUAUUAAUGGAGGAGACACUUUUACCAGAACACAAACACUUCCUAGUAAAGACAAGCCGACAGUUUUACUUACAGGAGGAAAUAUGGACAGAACACAAGGUUUUGGGAGAAUUAAUUGGAUCUUUAUUGCGUUCUUUUGCAAUAACUGGUAUGACGCACACGGGCAGAUUGUGUAUUCGGUGUCGGAGGAGUUGAACACGGGGACCACGGUAGGAAAUUUAGCAAAGGAUCUAAACUUGCACGUACAGGACCUUGAGCUGCGAGGAUUUCAGAUCGUCUCGGGACCUAACAAAAGGUAUUUUGAUCUGAACUUAAAGAAUGGAGCUGUCUUUGUUAGAGAAAGAACAGACAGAGAGGAGCUGUGUGGACGCAGCACGAAAUGCGCUUUAGAAUUGGAAGCCAUUGUCAAUGCACCACUGAACAUUUAUAGAUUUGAGGUAAAUAUUUUAGACGUUAACGACAAUGCACCGACAUUUCGCACCUCAAAACUGUUUCUUAAUAUUUCAGAACAGACAUUUCCUGGGCAGAAAUUUACAUUACCCAGUGCAUUCGAUGCAGAUGUUGGAGUUAACUCGCUAAAGAGCUACAAGCUCAGCCCAAAUGAACACUUCUCUCUGGAUGUACAAAGCGGAGGAGAACAGACAGUAUCAGCUGAGUUAGUGCUGCAGAAAGCUUUAGACAGAGAAAAACAGCCUGUGAUCCAGCUCACACUGACCGCUAUUGACGGAGGAAAACCUCCAAUGUCUGGUGCGACACAGAUAAUAGUUAAUGUGAUAGAUGUAAACGAUAAUAUUCCUGUAUUUGACAAACCACUUUAUAAAGCACGAAUACCAGAGAAUUCACCUCCCGGUGCUCCUGUGAUUACUGUGAACGCAAAUGAUGCAGACGAGGGUCUUAAUGGUGAAGUCGUUUACUCUUUUAUAAAUCACGAUAAUGACAAUAGUGUAAAUGCAUUUUCCAUUAAUCCACUUACUGGCGAAAUUAGUGUCAAAAGCCCUUUAAAUUAUGAAGAAACUGCUGCAAUUGAAAUUCGUGUUCAGGCCGAGGAUAAAGGGCCAAAUCCGAGAGCAUCACAUUGCAAAGUCUUAGUCGAAAUAAUUGAUGUGAAUGAUAAUGUACCUGAAAUAAGCGUAACAUCUUUAGUGAAUGAAGUGAGAGAGGAUUCGUCCUCUGGUACAAUGGUGGGAUUAAUCACAGUGAAAGACGGCGACGCUGGAAAAAAUGGUGCCGUGCAUCUCAAAAUCAAAGAUUUGGUGCAGUUUAGGUUAGAAAACACGUAUAAAAACAGAUACUCGUUAGUUGUUAAUGGUCCUCUGGACAGAGAGAGCGCGUCUGAGUAUCACGUGACUAUCACAGCUACUGAUGAAGGGACUCCUCCUCUCUCUAGUACCAGUGUCAUUACUGUACACGUUUCUGAUGUGAAUGACAACGCGCCGCGCUUUCCAGAGCCCGUCAUUAAUGUUUAUGUGAAAGAGAACAGUCAGGUUGGAGCUGUUAUUCAUACAGUAUCUGCUUCUGAUCCUGAUGUAGCUGAUAAUGCCCGAAUAACAUAUUCAUUAGUGGAAAACACUAAAAGCGGCCCGGUAACAUCCAUGAUCAACAUCAACUCUGACAAUGGAGAUCUACACAGUUUACAGUCUUUUAACUAUGAGGAGAUCAAAACGUUUCAGUUUAAAGUUCAGGCCACAGACUCUGGUGUUCCUCCUCUGAGCAGUAACGUGACUGUAAAUGUGUUUAUCCUGGAUGAGAAUGACAACAGUCCCGCGAUUCUCGCGCCCUAUUCCGAGCUCGGUUCCGUGAACACCGAGAACAUUCCCUAUUCUGCUGAGGCGGGCUACUUUGUGGCCAAGAUCAGGGCUGUAGAUGCAGACUCUGGUUACAAUGCGCUGCUGUCUUACCACAUCUCUGAACCCAAAGGAAACAAUCUGUUCCGAAUCGGAACCAGCAGCGGGGAGAUCAGGACUAAGAGGAGAAUGAGUGACAAUGACCUGAAAACUCACCCGUUGGUCAUUUCGGUUGGGGAUAACGGAGAGCCCUCACUGUCCGCGACUGUGUCUGUUGAUGUUGUGGUUGUUGAAAGCACAGGUGACGUCAAGACUCAGUUCAGACAUGUGCCGAUAAAGGAGGAGAGUUUCUCUGAUUUAAAUCUGUAUUUGCUGAUCGCCAUUGUGUGUGUGUCCGUCAUCUUUUUACUGAGUCUCAUCAGUUUGAUAGCUGUCAAAUGUCACAGGACAGACGGCAGUUUGGGCAGGUACAGCACCCCAAUGAUCACCACACACCCUGACGGGAGCUGGUCUUACUCCAAAUCUACUCAGCAGUAUGACGUGUGUUUUAGCUCAGACACACUGAAGAGUGACGUAGUGGUUUUCCCUGCGUCAUUUCCGCCUGCGGAUGCAGAACUGAUCAGUAUUAAUGGAGGAGACACUUUCACUAGAACACAAACACUUCCUAGUAAAGACAAGUGCUGUGCUGCGCAGCUCUCCUACUCCAUUUCAGAAGAAGUGGAUAAAGGGACUUUUGUGGGAAAUAUAGCGAAGGAUUUGCGGUCUCCCCUACAAGAACUCGAGUCGAGAGGCCUUCGGAUUGUAUCCGGACAUAAUAAGAGGUAUUUCGAUGUGAAUUUGAGAUCGGGCGUGCUCUUUGUUAUUGACCGGAUCGACAGAGAAGAGCUCUGUGAUCAGUCUGCCAAAUGCGUUUUGAACAUAGAAGCUAUAUUGAACAACCCAAUGCAUUUACAUAGAAUAGAGGUGAAUAUUGUAGACAUAAAUGACAAUGCACCGUCUUUCCUCGACAAUGUGUUUAUAAUUAAUAUAACGGAAUCGGCAUAUACCGGGGAAAAAUUCCCCUUACCAGUAGCAAAUGAUGAAGAUGUUGGGGUUAAUGCCAUAAAAAGCUACAAAUUGAGUCCUAAUAAUGAACACUUCUCUCUGGAUAUACAGAGUGGAGGAGAACAGACAGUAUCUGCUGAGUUGGUCCUGCAGAAAGCUUUAGACCGAGAGAAACAGCCGGUGAUCCAGCUCACACUGACCGCUAUUGACGGAGGGAAACCUCCUAAAUCCGGCACUGUCAGGAUUGUAGUCAAUGUUAUAGAUGUCAACGAUAACACGCCUGGAUUUAGCAAACCACUUUACAAGGUUCGUGUUCCUGAAAAUACCGCCAUCGGAACCUCAGUAAUCACAUUGACAGCAACUGAUUUAGACGAUGGCGUUAACGGAGAACUAGUGUAUGCAUUGCUUGGACAAGGGAGCGCAAGGUCCGUUGAUUUAUUUGCCAUUGACCCAGUUUCCGGUGAGAUCACUGUAAAGGGGCAUUUAGAUCAUGAGGAGAACGCAGCAUAUGAAAUCCGUGCGCAGGCGAGUGAUAAAGGCACACCGCCUCGACGCACUCACUGUAAAAUCCUAGUGGAAGUUAUAGAUGUAAAUGAUAAUCCUCCUGAAAUAUUGGUGACGUCACAGAUGAGUUCUGUAAGAGAGGACUCAGCGUCAGGAACAGUGGUUGCCUUAGUGACGGUCACGGAUAAAGACGGCGGCAAAAAUGCACUUAAUAAACUAGACAUAACAGUCGCUGUACCGUUUAGCUUAAAAUUAUCGUACAAAAACUAUUAUUCUUUAGUUGUUAAUGGUCCUCUGGACAGAGAGAGCGCGUCUGAGUAUCACGUGACUAUCACAGCUACUGAUGAAGGGACUCCUCCUCUCUCUAGUACCAGUGUCAUUACUGUACACGUUUCUGAUGUGAAUGACAACGCGCCGCGCUUUCCAGAGCCCGCCAUUAAUGUUUAUGUGAAAGAGAACAGUCAGGUUGGAGCUGUUAUUCAUACAGUAUCUGCUUCUGAUCCUGAUGUAGCUGAUAAUGCCCGAAUAACAUAUUCAUUAGUGGAAAACACUAAAAGCGGCCCGGUAACAUCCAUGAUCAACAUCAACUCUGACAAUGGAGAUCUACACAGUUUACAGUCUUUUAACUAUGAGGAGAUCAAAACGUUUCAGUUUAAAGUUCAGGCCACAGACUCUGGUGUUCCUCCUCUGAGCAGUAACGUGACUGUAAAUGUGUUUAUCCUGGAUGAGAAUGACAACAGUCCCGCGAUUCUCGCGCCCUAUUCCGAGCUCGGGCUGUAG